CACCGCUUUGCUGUCUCAGGCCCUGGUGGCGAUCGGCGAUGCCGGCGGGACGCUCAUAUCCCCGUCGGCAAGGGUGGGCUGGCGUGGACGGGACAGGCAUGCGCUGCUGCACGGAUGCAGGGCCGGCAGACAGAGGCCGGCAGCCGGAUAUCAACUGCCACCGUCCUCGACCUGAUCGGCGCUGGUCUCUGCCUCGCGAACAUGCAUCUCGGAGCGGCAAUCCAAAACACCCUCGGAUUCCUGCUAGAUGCAUCCGCUCCGGCGGCCAGUCCGACGACGGACCUGGGCGCCAGCACAGCGACCACGGGCUCAAGCGUCAACUCGGCCAACACCGACCCCAUCUCGUCCGGGACCAGUUCCACUCCCACCACAACCAUCUCGUCUCUCGGCGCGACCUCAUCUCCCACAAGCCUCGUUACGGAUCCACAGCAGCAGCAGUUUUGGACACUGGUUGUCGUUUGCAUCGUCGUCGGCGUCAUCCUGCUGCUGGUUCUUGCUCUUGGGCUUGUUGCCUAUCGUUACUACUCUGGCCCUCGACGCCGCCAGCCCUUGGACAUGCGUCGGCCAUCGACAACCCCGCUGGCCCAGGACAAGUCUUUCUAUCCUGCCGAACUCUCUGAGCCUUCUGAGCCCGAGCCCCUGGCCAUCGUCGUCGACACUGCCCAUCUCUCGCUGCGGCACUUUCCCACCCCCUCGGCCAUUGCUAUGCAGGACAACCCGGCUUUUACUCCAGCAUUCGGCAGCCAGCAGAUCGCUGUCGAUCUCCGGACUAUUCCAGAUGAACCAGCGACACGACCGGCCGUCUCAGCCGUUAUUCCCAGAGUCGACUCCCUUGGGUUGCCUGCAGACCCCAGUCAGGCCUCGCUUCCUCGGCAGGACGACAUGUACGAGCCAAUCGCCCAACCCGCUCCCGCCAUCACCGCAACUGCCCCGAUAGCCCUGUCGACCCCAACUGCCCCAAUGAUUUACCAACCCAUUCAAGUACUGAGAGCGCCGUCGGUGAGGAGCAUGGCUGCGUCCCCUCGCCCGGGCUCGACAUCAACGCCGCUGGUUCGGCCGCACGACUCUCCAGCAAUCGGCCGCGGCGCCAUUCGCACAAUGGCCCCACUCGCUGGCUCUGACGACUCGGCCCGGAUGGAGCGUCGGGGCUCCUAUGCCCCGCGACACCCUCGAAUAACAACCCUUGCGUUCAAUACACCGGCGCAGGGCUACCUUGUCAAGCCUGACAUAUAAUGCCCAGGAACACACUAAUGCCCAGCCACACAUUAUAAUUCAGUCUGCCAAAGCUAUGUCGGGUGUCCUUCCUCUUACAGUCUAUCCAGAAAGAAACGGGACAGUCACUUCCUGGCUUCAGAUGUCUGAACCCCGCUGACUGACUGUAGGCCCCAGAGGGCAAGCCAUGCGAUUUUUUCCC